CCAAACUCACAUGUUGCUGCUGCUGCUGCUGUUUUUGUUGAAUUGAAGGACCAACCGAAAACCGAAUGCGAAAAAUGAUGGAUCCAUGUUCGGAAACUGAAUCCAUUUGUAGUGAAAGUUCAUUAUCAUCAUUACGUUCUUCUAAAAUGCAUGCAAAAAGUUGUGGCUAUCUAUUAUUAAAUCCAAAUGAUCCUAUACUGGAACAACGUUUCGAAUCGAUUGUUUCGAAACAUAAACAACAAUCAUCAGAUUUGGAGUCUUUUGAGUCUAGACUGCAAACCAUUAAUCCGGAUAAUAUUUUUUUAAAAGUUGAACAAUUAAAAAUUGGCUCACGCAAUGAUGAUAAGCCAAUAUCGAUGAUGUAUAACAUUGAUAAUAUUUGUCUCACCGAACAAGAUUGUCAACUUGGCAACGAAUAUGAUGAUGAUAAUAAUAAUGAUAAAGAUAUUUCCGAACAAUUUAAACGUGUAUUCGGUACAGCAAUCGAUGAUUAUCAAAAUGAAAACAACAACAAUCGACCUUAUCUUGAAUUUGAUUUACCUUUGACUGAACAACGUAAACGAUUGAAUGAAAAUCUGAUGAAUCAUCGAACAAAAGAUUUACAAAUGAAAAUGACUUUAACCGAUGAUAUUGAACAACAGCUUAUGAUCAAACCAUUACGAAUAUCAAGACGACAACGAAAAAAACAACUUAGUCAACAACGAAAUCGUUCAUUAUCACAAUGGUUUGAUAUGCCACGUGUAGAAGAAUUAACUAAAGAAAUGGAAAAAGAUCUAACGGCAUUGAAAAUGCGUCGUGUAUGGAAUCCAAAACAAUUCUAUAAAAAAUCCAGUCAAAUUUCGGCUGGCAAUGAUGGAAUGGUAGAUGAACGAUCAAAAUAUUUUCAAAUUGGUACAGUACAAGAAACGGCUAGUGAUUAUUAUUCCGGACGAUUAACUAAACGUCAACGUAAACAAACCAUAUUGGAUGAAUUAAUGUCUGAUGCUCAAUUAAAAGCAUUUAAUAAACGAAAAAUACAGAAAGCAAUGACAAGAAAUUCACGAUUAAAAAUAAUGAUGAAACGUGCAAAAUUACGACGAAUGAAAAAAAGGUUGAGAGAAAAACGAUCCAGGAAAAUGAUGAAUGAUUAAAUAAGCCGUAUCAACAUUAUUUGAUUACCAAUUC